GGCGCCUGUGUGACUCAGGCGCUGCCAUUUUGAGUGGUCGGUGCUGGCCGCGCAGCUCCGCUCCGCGCCGCGCUCGCUCCCGGGCCGAGGCUCAGCCGCAGACCCCGGCGCUCCCGCUCGCUCCUCCCGCCGCCUUCGAGGACGUCCCGGGGGCCGCGUGGGCGAAGAGAGGCUCUCAGCCCUUUCGUCCUUUUCCCGACCACCCUCCGCCGCCGCUCCGGGAUCUCUAUGCCCGCCGCCCUCCGUGGGAGCCACUAGCGCAGGGACCCGCCGCCGCCGCCGCCUCCUCCUCCUUCCACCGCCGCCACCGCCGUCGCCUCUUCCUCCUUCUCCUCUUCCUCUCUCCGCCACCAUUUCCCCACUCCCCGGCACCGGGGCGCUGAGCUAGACUAUGGGGACCAGGUUGGGGCCGAGCAGCGGCAGAGCGGGCGGCCCGGUCACCGUGUCCACUGCGGCAGGGAUGGGGGGGCUCCGCGGCUUCGUGGCUUUAUCUUGACAUGGCUCCGCUCCGUGCUGCCAGCAGCGCCGCCGCCUCCACUGCUCCUCCUGCGCCCGCCGGCUGCGGGUAGCGAGCGGGCCGCGCUCUCGGCCUCCUGCCCGAGUCUCUCAGUCACUUGCUUAAGUUGGGGGGAAAAGUUUUGGGAGGGGCUCCUUUUUUUGUUGUUGUUUUUGUUUUCCUUUCUUUUUCAAUUUUUGUUUUUUUCUUGGUCAGGAGAGAAAGGGGUGUACUUUACCCCCUUUUCUUAACCUGGUCUGCCAGAUUUGCUAACCGAAAAACUUUUUUUUAACCUCGACUAAUCAAACACCUUGGGGAGGGGAAAAAUGUCUGGAGAGAGGAAGAAAAUAACCUGAUAAUUGGGGAUUUGCCUUUUUUUUUUUUUUUUUUUUUUUAAGUGGGGAGGGUGUUUUAGAGGUUUAGAAUUGCAGCCUAGGCUUGCAAUUAGUAAAAAAAAAACCUCGCUAAAAUUUUUGGCACCGAAAAUUUUUGGGAACAAAACUCUCCAUGUUUUCCAAAUGCUGACCAUGAAGUGAGAGGGGAGGCGCCGUGCUACUGGGGGUGCCCCGGGCACAGGCCACCCGCUGCAGCCUCCGCUAGCUCGUGUGGGAGACAGAGGCCUCAGGAGAAGCCAGAAGCGUUUGCCAUGCACAGCCUGGGCUAACCGUGCUCGCUGCGCAGCGCAGCAGCGGCGGGGAGAGAAGGAUCCCCCGGGAAUCAGCAGCCUAGGGAGCGUGUGAGGUGUCGGGGGAUGUAGGGUUCUCCCACCCGUAAAGGAGCCCAGGUUUGGGGCGCUGGUUUGGGUUUGAGUCUCUAGGUGAGAUAAUACUGCCCCUUCAACCCCUGCCUGCCCCUUGUCUGUGGCCAUCAUGAUCCCUCUUCUCUUUGGCAGCAGCAGCCUCAGGGUGAUGAUGUGCCUGAUGAUGAGCAGGAUGAAGUUAGAAAUGACUCCGCUGUUUUUUCUCUUUGCUCCCCUGCAAAACAGCGCUGUGUUGUCUGUAGUUGAUUUUGUUGUUGGCAGAGAAAUCUUCUAUCUCCCAGGAUGUGCACUCCUCCUCUGCACCCUUUUCUCUGCUCUCCACCAAGUGUAAUAAUUUUAAAGAAAAAAAGGCAACAUAGCAAUAGCGGAAAGCUGAGAAUAAUAAUCAGUAGAGUCAUGAAUCUGGCUGGGGUAAAAAGCAAUUUGUGAUUUCAGCUUCAUUUUUUUUUUGUAAGCAGAGCAAAAGUACCCCCCCAUGGAUUGGGCUUGUGCCAGUUGCUUUUUAUUGUACACAUAAAUUGUGAUAAGAUUUUUUUUUUCUUUUUCGUUCUUACCCACACUUAUUCCUGCAGCUAAACUGUUCUUCAUUUUUUUUUUUUUCUUGAUUUAUUGUAAAACCUCUUGUCCAGCCAUGGCUGGACAACUACUUACUUUGUUUCUUGGCCCCUCUGAUACGACAUUCUCCUAAAAAAUUGCCGGAGGUGCGGUUUUGGGUUACAUUCGCAUUUUAUCUGUUCAGUCGUAUUAGCAGGAAUAAAACGACUUGUUUCUGUUGUACUUGAGUCUUACGAAAAGGUGCCCAUAGUUCAGCAACAGUUUCCAAAGGCUUUAGUACCACCUAUAUUGCAAAAUGGGGGACCCAAACUCCCGGAAGAAACAAGCUCUGAACAGACUUCGUGCUCAGCUUAGAAAGAAAAAAGAAUCUUUAGCUGACCAGUUUGACUUCAAGAUGUACAUUGCCUUUGUGUUCAAAGACAAGAAGAAAAAGUCAGCGCUUUUUGAAGUGUCUGAAGUGAUACCAGUCAUGACCAAUAAUUAUGAAGAAAAUAUCCUGAAAGGUGUGCGGGAUUCCAGCUAUUCUUUGGAAAGUUCCUUAGAGCUUCUGCAGAAGGAUGUAGUACAGCUUCAUGCACCCCGCUACCAGUCUAUGCGCAGGGAUGUGAUCGGCUGUACCCAGGAGAUGGACUUCAUUCUUUGGCCUCGUAACGAUAUUGAAAAGAUAGUCUGUCUCCUGUUUUCUCGGUGGAAGGGAUCUGAUGAACCCUUUAGGCCUGUUCAGGCCAAGUUUGAAUUUCAUCAUGGUGACUAUGAAAAACAGUUUCUGCAUGUUCUGAGCCGAAAGGACAAGACUGGAAUUGUUGUCAACAACCCUAACCAGUCAGUGUUUCUCUUCAUUGACAGACAGCACUUGCAGACUCCAAAAAACAAAGCUACAAUCUUCAAGUUAUGCAGCAUCUGCCUGUAUCUGCCACAGGAGCAGCUCACUCACUGGACGGUUGGUACCAUUGAGGACCACCUCCGUCCUUACAUGCCAGAGUAAGGUACUGGCCAGCAAAAUGGGGAAGAUCACAGAAUGCAGCAGUGGAUUUUCACUUUCCUCACCACUUUAUUCUUUCAGAAUUUAGAAGAAAAUGGACUCAUGUUCAGAACUAUACAUUGUGAAACUUGAUCAUCCUGGAUUUUUUUUUGUCAUUUGUAUCUCAGAACUUUACAAUUUUUUUUUUUUAGAUGUUUUCUGCAUGGACCUUGUGAAAGAGAGGAUGCUCUGCACACUUCUGCACUGCAUCAGCAUCUUACUAAAAUGUGAAAUGAAGGGACUGUACACUGAAACAAAUGUAUCCGAAAGCACAAGGUGAUCAUUUGUGGUGGUGUUCCCAUUUGUGCUGGUCAUGCCCCUUAACAUCUAUAAUGUUAACCAUCAGUAUUUGAAGGGUGAGAAGUGAAUGUAACGGGUAUAAAAGCCUUAUAGCUUUGCUGUUAAUGAUUGUAUCAAAGAGCACUAUCACUCAUUUUAAUGAACAGAGAAGUGGCUAUUACAAUAGGAAGUGUGGGAAAGAAAUCUUUCUUUUUUUUAAAAAAAAAGGCAUCUCAUUUAAUGUUUAGGCAUUUUUUGCCUCUUUUAUUUUGCUGGGCCACGUCUAAGUUUACUGGCACUUUGGUUUUGGAUCUCUUUCCCCAAGUUGCUGUAUAACUGUAUGAAAGUAUUCUUUUGAGUUGGAUGCAUUCAUACAGAUGAGGCAGACCUGGAGUCUGAAGUUGCUAAAGCAGCUAAAAAUAAAGUAAAAUAAUAGCUGCAGAAAUAAUGUUGGUAGAGGAUUAUUUUUUUCUUGAGAGUUGAGACUUGUAAACUUGCAGGUGAACUGUGCAGGAAAUACUGGUUUCUAAAACAUUUCUUAUGGAAAACCCAUUGAGGUUGUUUUCUUUUGGAAUAGACAUUAUAAACCAAUGUAAAAUAGUGUUUGGAGUGUCAAAAGUUGGUUCUGACAGAACAUUUUAAGAUUGUGCAAUGAUAAAAGGAAGACUACUGUAUAGUUUUGAUGACAGAAAGCUCUGCUUGAGGGUUGAGUACUUUACUGGAGUAAAACUGCAUAAGCCUGCUCCCUUUGGAUUAAACUAGUGCUUACCUGUUUAAAACUUGUAUUUAGCUUUUGUUUGGAAUUGGAAAAAAAUGAAAGUUAAAUAAAUUAGGUGAAAGAUGA